GAACCAGAGAUGAAGUCCGGCGAAUCGGGACCAAAGAAGGGGUCGAGCGACGACAUGUCGAAGGCUGCGAAGAAGGCCGAGAAGGAGGCCAAGAAAGCCGAGAAAGCUGCCGAGAAGGCUGCAAAGGCGGCCGCCAAGGAAGCGAAGAAGGCUGCAAAGGAGGCUGCCAAGGAAGCGAAGAAGGCUGAAAAGGGGGCCAAGAAGGGAGGCAUGGUUCCUCCUGGCAGCGGCGAUCUCCCACCCCCAGCAGGCAACUUCCCAGGGCCGACAGGCGUCAUGCCAGGCACACCAGCUCCAUCGGGCGUUUCCCCUGAUCCUGAUGCAAUUGUCGGCGACGAGCCUAUGGGUCCACAAAAGAGGCAGUUCGAUGCAGUCCGUCGGGAUGCUUCCUUCAAGCCUUACUACGCUGGUGCACCCAAGGGCAAGUACCCGAUGCCGACCGCUACGUCUGCUCCACAACCUACUGGCACUGGCACUUACCCGACCGCUACCUCUGCUCCACACCCCACUGGCACUGGCACUUACCCGACCGCUACCUCUGCCACACACCCAACUAGCACUGGCACUCUUCCAACUGGCACCGGCAAUGCGUAUUGGAAAGGCACUGGCAAUACCUACUGGAAAGACAGUGGCAAAACCUACUGGAAAAACACUAACUGAGCAGUAUCAUGACCCUACCUACUGCGUCCUUGGGCGCAGUGCGAAUGACUUUCUUCGAUGGGCUGGCUCCGAAGCUGGAAUGACGAAACGUAUAUAGAGAGAAAGCCAUCACUUGACUAGUAAUAUUCAGGUUGUUAGGCAGUCUUGCGAGGCCAGUGAUGAGAGUAUGAAUGUUUAUAUAGCAAGGACGAAUUAGACCUGAA